AUGGCACCUAAACCUCAAGACAGUGGGCAAAAUGCCCUUCCACCUGUCGACAUCAAGCCUCUUCUCACCAAGCUCUGGCCUGACAAGUCUGGCGUCUCUCCCCAGGAGAUUGCCGAGGCCAUCUCUCACUUCUUCACAAAUCAGGUCACUGAGGCUCAAACGGCCUCUCUUCUUAUGGCUCUGCAUUUCACCAAGCUUGAUUUCAGAGCAGAUGUCCUAGCUGAGUGUGCCCGUGUCAUGCGCGAGGCCGCUGCACCUAUCCCUGUAGAGGAGCUCAGGCAAGUGAUUGAGCGAAGAGGACGGAAAGAAGGAAACUAUAGAGGUGGUUUGUGUGAUAUUGUUGGAACUGGAGGCGAUGGCCAUGAUACCUUCAACAUCAGCACUACCUCUUCCAUCCUGGCCUCAGCCUUGCUUAUGGUCUCCAAGCACGGCAACAAAGCCAGCACCUCAAAGUCUGGCAGCGCCGACUUGGUCGCCUGCAUGAAGCCCCAGCCUCCCAUCAUCAGCGCCGUCCGCCCAGACACCUUGGUCAAGGCGUACUCUGAGACCAACUACACUUUCCUGUUUGCCCCCGUGUUCCACACCGGCAUGCGAUACGUCGCGCCCAUCCGCAAGCAGCUCCCCUGGAGGACGGUCUUCAACAACCUAGGUCCUCUGGCCAACCCUGUGGAGGAUGUUCUCGAGGCCCGUGUCAUUGGUGUUGGCAGAAGGGAUCUCGGCCCCGCCUUUGCCGAGGCCUUGUGCAUGGUUGGCUUCAAGAAGGCUCUUAUCAUCUGUGGUGAGGAGGAGCUCGACGAAGUCAGCUGUGCUGGGAAGACUCUGUGCUGGAAGGUGAGCGAAACCAGCCCUGGCAAGCUCGAGGUUGAGCACUUCACCGUGCAUCCCAGCGACUUUGGUCUGAGCACUCAUCCCUUGGACACAGUGUCGUCCGGCAAGGAGCCAUCCGAGAACGCAGAGAUUCUAUCUCGGAUCUUGCACAACGAGAUCCCUGACGACGAUCCCAUUCUUGAGUUUGUUCUUCUCAACACUGCCGCUCUCCUCGUUACAUCGGGGAUCUGCGAGGCUGAUACCAGCAACAUGGGUGAGGGUGACGAUGGCAAGGUCAUCACCGAGCGUGGCCCUGGCGGACAGCGCUGGAAGGAGGGUGUGCGAAGAGCUCGCUGGGCUCUCAAGAGCGGUGAGGCCUGGAGACAGUGGGAGAAGUUCGUCAAGGUCACGAACGAGAUUGGCGCUUAG